GGUGUUGUAUGAAUCGGAUUAACGUAUGAAUCGAGCCUAUCUAAAAACUACAUGUAUGCCCAAAACUAUGAUGAUAGGAAGAUCACUGUCCUGCGUUUUUUACCGAACACUCCGAAUAAUUGAAAUAAAGCGACGUUUUUCUAGUGAAAUAUGUUUAAGGAUUCCAGCAGGUGCAGGAUAUAUUAACACCAAACACACAUUCAGCACAUCACCAUGGUUACAGCAGAGGAGCAGAGGUUCAGAACCAGGAAUGGGGUCAGGUUCUAGUGAGUCAGGUUCAGAUGGCGAGUAUUCCAGUAAUAGCAGUGGGUCUGACUCCGAUUCAGAGAAGGAUAUUGCCAAGAAUUCAAAGAAAGCUGAGAAGCCGGAAGCAAAGUCAGAUCUACUUACCUUGCUUGCUAAAAUGAAGGCAAGUGAAAAGAAAUGGGGAACAAAAAAUGUGGAUAAUAACCUUAAAGAGAUUGAACACAGCAUUGAUUCUAAGCUGGUAUCAGAGGCUGUGAAAUUGUCGAAAGAACUACCAGGAGACCAGGAGAGAUCAGAAUCAGCUCUCAUUGGUCAGUUGUUGUCUCAGUUUGAGACCACAGCCAAGCAAAGAAAAGGAGCAGUGCCUACAGAAAUGCCAUCAAAGGCAAAAGGACUGAGUGCCGUGAUUGAAGGAUUGUCUGUGGAGAGAGAAAUUCGAAAACAUAGAAAAGGAGGAAAAGAGAGUUAUAAAAUGAAGGAAUAUGCAGAAGGAGAAGAUAAGCCUUUAGUGUUUAGAAGAGGAGGAUCUGGCCUGUUCAAUGGAAAACCACUCGGUAUCUUUACACAGGAAGAUGUGAAAUAUGCACACACUGAGAAGAUGAGCUUGUUUGAGAUAGUAGAGGAGGAAGAAAGAAAUAAGAUGCAGUUUUACCCGCCACAAAAUGCAUUUGAAGAGCAAAUUCAGUGGACUAAGGAAGGAAAACUUUGGACUUUUCCUAUAGAUAAUGAGGCUGGCUGGGAGGAAGAAUCGAAUGUCGAAUUUUAUGAACAUGUUUUUCUGGAAAACCAACUGCAUGACUUCCCGAAGAAAGGUCCAAUACGUCACUUUAUGGAACUGGUUAUUACAGCCCUCUCAAAAAACCCAUACUUGACUGUGGAACAAAAACACGAACAUAUAGAUUGGUACAGAAGCUAUUUCCAUGGUAAACAAGACAUGCUUGAGGCUAGACUUGGGAGAGAUGGUGUUAUACAAGCAGAGGCUUGAUUUUAAAUGCUAAAUUUUUUUGAAUGCAUGAAAUGUUUGUCAAUAAAACUGUUUCCUGAAAAAGUU